GCCGCGCGCGAGCGGCCGCCAGGAUGCGCUACGCGGACCCCUCGGCUAACCGGGAUUUGUUGGGAAACCGAACUUUGCUCUUCAUCUUCAUUUGCGCGUUCGCCUUGGUGACCUUGCUGCAACAGAUCUUGUACGGCAGGAACUACAUCAAGAGAGGCCUCCAGUUUGGUUGGCAGAGUGGUGACCAGCUGGCCAAUUGGACGGGGCUCUUUAAUGUCACGGAGGACCCAGCAGUGCAGAGCGGCAGUGUCUCCAGCUCCAGGUACUUUGAAUUUUACGAAGGGCCUUUAGAAUAUAACUCCACAAGAUGUCUGGAGCUGAGACAUGACAUCUUGGAAGUGAAGGUGCUGUCCAUGGUGAAGCAGUCGGAGCUGUUCGAUAGGUGGCGGAGCCUGCAGAUGUGCAAGUGGGCGAUGAACAUCUCCGAAGCCAACCAGUUCAAGUCCACUCUGUCCAGGUGCUGCAACGCCCCCUCCUUCCUCUUCACCACCCAGAAGAACACGCCCCUGGGGACGAAGCUCAAGUAUGAGGUGGACACGAGUGGCAUCUACCACAUCAACCAGGAGAUCUUCCGCAUGUUCCCCAAGGACAUGCCGUACUACCGGUCUCAGUUUAAGAAGUGCGCUGUGGUGGGCAACGGAGGCAUCCUCAAGAACAGCCGCUGCGGGAGGGAGAUCAACAGCGCUGACUUUGUCUUCCGGUGCAACCUACCCCCCAUCUCAGAGAAGUACACCGUGGACGUGGGCGUGAAGACUGAUGUGGUCACUGUGAACCCCAGCAUCAUCACAGAGAGGUUCCACAAGCUGGAGAAGUGGCGGCGGCCCUUCUACCGCGUGCUGCAGGUGUAUGAGAACGCGUCGGUUCUGCUGCCUGCCUUCUACAACACGCGCAACACCGACGUGUCCAUCCGCGUCAAGUACGUGCUGGACGACUUCCAGUCUCCGCAGGCCGUCUACUACUUCCACCCGCAGUACCUGGUCAACGUGUCGCGCUACUGGCUCAGCCUGGGCGUGCGCGCCAAGCGCAUCAGCACCGGUCUCAUCCUGGUCACGGCCGCGCUGGAGCUCUGUGAGGAGGUGCACCUGUUCGGCUUCUGGGCCUUCCCCAUGAACCCCUCAGGGCUCUACAUCACCCACCACUACUACGACAAUGUCAAGCCCCGGCCGGGCUUCCACGCCAUGCCCUCUGAGAUCUUCAACUUCCUGCACCUGCACAGCCGGGGUAUCCUCCGGGUGCACACGGGCACCUGCAGCUGCUGCUGAGGCGGCCCCCCUGCACGCCCGGCUCCCGAGCCUCGCUGCUCCUCUCCAUCUGGUGCCGGGCAGUGCCCCGGGCCUGGCCUUCAGGCAGCCACUCCCUCGGUGGAACAGUUUCUGGCGUGCAUCCUGCGGGCCCCGGGGCUCUGCUCUGCCCAUAACCUGUCGCCAGGCGGGGCCUCCAGAUGGGGGACUCUGGGGAUCGCAAGUGAAUAAAGCACAUUUCCACUUUAUGUUAGCUUCUGAGAGAGCACAAACCUCAGUGGGCUGUGGCAGCUACGGGAAUCUGGACAGAAGGAAGAGGGGGUGAAGGGGCAGGUAAGCGUGGUCAAGCUGAAUGCAGACUUCCAGGUUCCUGGGUCUUAUGCCAAGACCUCAGCUGGGAGCUGCUGUCUAGAAUCUCAGAGCCGAGAGGCUGCCCCUGCAGCCGGGUGUUCAGAGCGGCUCAGGGACUUAGCAACAGAAGUCACCCCAACCCCGACCAACCGAGUCCACUCAGUGACGCUGUGACAUCUACGCCAGGCCACCGUGUUGGGAUCUUCUCCGAGAGCCUCGGCCUUUCAAACACAUCCUCACACUCCCACAGUCUCGGUGCCUCCAGGUUCAAUCCUGCGUUUGAUCUUUUGACAAGAAGGAAAUAAACCAGACCAGCCAUUUGCACUAAGGUUGUCAAGCCAAUGUUAUCGACUCAGUGCUCAGCAAUUUGCUUCCUUUCUGUCUCCUAAUUUCCAGCUCUGUUUUAACCAGGAGUUAUUUAUAUAAGAGACAUUCCUCUUUCUGUUCCUAAAUACUGCAGAAUCCUGCUCUCUCAUGUUGCUGAGUCAGAAGCGCGAGGCUCCAGGCUGAAAGUGCUGACAUGUAACUGGUGAGCUUAGGGGACGAUCUCGCGACACCAGCAUCACCAGGGUUUGGGCCGUAAAGGCGGGUCUUUCCACACAUGGACCCAGGGGGCCUACGCUUUGGGGAAAGCCCCGUACCCGGGCUGCAAGGGGCUCGGGAGGCAUCUCACCUCUGGUGUUCAUUCCCUCUCAGGUGUUUCCGCCAUCAAUGGGGCUGUGCCUGCUAUAGACGCCUGUGGGGAAUUGCCUUGGUACUUGGGUUUGUAGGGUCAUGGGACGUGGGUGCUGGAGGGACUUCCCCCCCUCCUACCUUCCUUCCUCUAUCUCUCCGUCCCUUAAAUAGUCCCACAAGCCUGUUCUGCCUUGGUCUGAGGCAGGCUUGGGGAGACAUGAUGGCAAACAGAGUCAGUGCCUCUGCUUCUCGGAGGGAAGGGCAGGCCACAGGUGUCAGGCUGCUUGCUGAAGCUCUGGGGAGGAAGAGGAACUGUGCACAGAGCAGGGACACCACCUUCCACCUGAGGGCCUCCCCUUACAGGCAGAGCCAGAGGUCCAGCCAGGAGGGAGGGGAGUGCUCCUGCCCAGGGCUCCCAGGGCUCCUCCCUGAGCUCCUUUGGUAUUUUGCCUCGGAGGGGGGCUGUGGAGCCGGCUCUGUGCACUGUCCCAGGUGCUGAUCCUUCUCUUCCUUCUGAAAGGCUGCCUGGUAAAAGCUCCAGCCAGUCUGGAGAACAGGAAGGCAGCCAAUGAGCAGGGGAGGCCCAAAUACUGGGUAAAUGGGGGAAAAGCACACCAGGACAGUGAUGGUUGUGCUUUCUUGGGCUCUGUCUAUUUCCCCCAAGGAAGGGACGCCUGGGAGAGGUUCCUGUUAACCGAGCUUCCCAGCCCUUUGUUUGUGAUGAAUUGAGCCCAGCUCUUGAAGCUCUGGGAUGUCAGAACUGGAAGAUUCUUAAAUACCAUUUUAGCCCACUGAAAGAAACAGAUCCAGAAUGAGAAGGUGACUUGGCUCAAGUGCUCCACCAAGUUCCUGCUGUGGAAACCCUUUGGGGAAUGUUUAUGUUCCAGAUGGGGCAGUGUCAGGGGCUGAAGACUGGUGAGUCGGACAUAUGGCUCUCACAGCUGAGGGAGCUGGAGAUGCAGAUAAGGAACUACCCUGUGAGUUGGGGCUUCUGACUCGAGGUCCUAUGUCUGCCUGGAGCCUUAGGACAAAUGCUGCCUGUUCCUUGGGUGUCAGUUUCUUUAUCUCUUCAACUAGAGGCUUAGAAAAGAUCUCUAUCGUCUCUAUAACCUAUUUUCUUGGAGGUGUUCAUGUGUGGAUCUAAGCCAUAAGUAGUACUUAUUAGUGUGAUAGCUAAGAUUCGCUGUGCUCUCUUUCUGUGUCAGGCCCUGUACCGAGCACUAUCUUUGCACCGUUUCCUCUAGUGAGAUUCUUUUAAGAGGGCUUCCACUACACAGGUGAGGAGACUGAGACUGAGAGCCAGUCAGCGAUCAAGUCCCCCAUGGAGGAGGCUGGCCCAGGCCUGGAGACUCUAAAGCCGGUGCUCUGAGCCCCUGUCCCAGCCACUUCCCAGUCCACAUCUCUGCAGGAGGGAAGAAGAGGCCUCCGUGCAGAGAUGGCAAUGUGAGGCAGUCCCAGCUCCUGCCCUGAGGACAGUGUCUGGAGCCAUCCCAAGUCCUAGAGGCUGCAUGGUAGUAGGAGGCAGUCUCUACUGGCAGGUGUCUCCCACCCCACCCCAAUCCCACCCUACCCCACCCCACCCCAUUCCACCCCACCCGCGCCUGUGGUACUGGUACCAACCUACCCACAGCAGAAUGUAUGCUGUCUGGCGCGGGAGAGGAGCUGAGGCCAUUGCUACACUUUGCAGGUGGGAGAGAUGCCUGGAAAGGUGCAAGUGAAGUGAGAACUUGUUGAGAGACUUGCCCAAGGCCACACAACCUCCGGUCUCCUGACUUCCAGGCUGAGCUCUUUCCCCUGCAGUCAAUGGAGGAAGAACUUUUCCAGAAACUCAGAGGGAUCCAGGCUUUGGCUCGGGAAUCUCCCACUUGUCCCAUUUUGUGGUACAGGUGAAGGGUUAAAUUCUUAUUUAAGGGAAAUCGAUUCCCCACAAGCAACACAGCCAUCAUCUUUCUUGUGCUAAACCCACUGCUCCAGGGUUUGUGCUGAACCCCGCUGCUCCAGGAUUGCAAGACAGCAGAAAGAAAUACACGACUCAGGGCUUAGUCAAGCAGAAAGGAAGGUGGCUGAAGGUUGCCUGUCGUCUGGCUUCUGUGACGGUUUCAGCAGUGAGGCCUGGUGCUCUGGAGCCGAGUUGGUUGCCCUGGACUUUGCUGAGCCUGGGGAGGAGGCAGGCGGGGCUUUCUGACAAGGGAGCACACAGAAUUGGCUUCAGGCAUUCAGCGUAUGUACACUGAGUGCUCAUUUUGUGCUGGACAUUGUCCUAGGGGCCAGGGAGCUGAUGACCGAGCGGAGGCAUCCCUGCCUUCCCAGAGCCGCUGGACGGGUUGGGGUGUCUGGAGGCUGAACCCAGAGUCCCCCAGUGCAUGCAGGAGUUGUGCCGAGUCUGGGCGUAACCCCGCUCUGGAACAGCUGGUGGAGACCUCGAAGCUGGCGGGGGUCGUUUCCCAAUUCCCAAGGCUGGUGGGGAACAAAGCGGUGGUGCUCCCCAGGCCUCACGGUCCACAUCCCUGUGGCCUGGGGCAGGGCGGGCCGCUGCCUUUUUGAGCCCCUUUCUGUGUUUUCUGACAAGUCGCCCUUCCCCCACUUUCCUCCUGUCCCCCC